CAAUCUCCAACUGUUUUACGGGAUAUCGGAUAUGGGUUGUGGUCGCAUUCUUUGCAGACCUAGGGGUCGAUGCUGCUCUAUGCAUUGAUCCCUCGUUUGAUGAGCUUUUUAGAGGUCUCAAAUCGGCAGUGGUUGUAUCCACAAGUGACUUAGUGCCAGCAGUGGUGGAUGCGACGAAACAUGAUUUCCUUCGAGUUGCCCUCAAUGAAAGAGCCAGUGAUGUUUGCAGUUCUGACAGCGACGGCCCUUAUUGUGGAGCUCUCCCUUAUUCGGCACGCAGCCGGCGGGCUCGCGAAUUUAUAUCGGGACUCGAUGGUCCUUCCUUCAUGGAGAGGAGUACCAUUUUCGUGGGCAGUCCCGGCUUUGACGCCUUCGCUGAUGCUUUGCGAGCAGCAAGUGCUAAGGCGAUCUCGCGGAGCCUUCCGCCGGAUGAAACUAUCAAAAUUAUAAAUGCCGAGCUUGAAGGUUAUGAGCCAGGAGAACGGAUCGGUGCAGAGAUCGAUCAAGACCAUGUUCCGGAGUUUCCUGUACGUGAUGAUGCGAGUGUUGAAGACGACACUAUGCUUUUCGGUGAGAAACCAUUAUUGCAGCCACUGAAUGCUGGUAUUAAAUCGGAUACGUCCGUCGCGCAAGUGUUAGUGAGCGGACCCAAAUCUAUUUCACCAUCAUCGAAGCAUGCCUCCGACGAGAUCGAAUAUCACCCGAGUGGACCGCAUGUCAAGUUUGCCAGUGACGAUGUUGCAGCUACUUUCAUGGGACCGUGGUUUGGCGGUGCCGGAGGCUUGGGGGUUCGUCUGGAUGGUGUUGGCCGAAUCCGCUUUACUCGACCGGUAGUCGUCCGAUCGAUUAAAGGCAUUGGCGAGAAACAGCUGUACGUAUUCGGUAAACGCGGCUCGUCUGAAAGCUGGCGACGAAUUAUCCGCUCCGAGCAGUCGCACUUCGAAUGUGACACGGGCGAUGUUGUGUGGAUCAAAUCUCGGAAAGAUGGACGGCGUCAUGUGGCGAAAGUAGUAUGGGUCUCUCUAUGUCGUCGUUGA